AUGAAUCCGACUCCUUCACCUGGUAAAACGAACGGUCCGGACUCUCGAUGCAUUUAUUUCGAAGACAUCCAAUUUUUUUCCCCAAAUAUCGAUAUGUCGUCAUGGAACAAAACUGAAGUAAACAAAUAUUUUCAUGUUCUUGAAAACAACUCGACAGACUGUUUCACUGUCGUAAAUAUAUCAAUUCCAACCAACAGAGAGGGGAUUUUAUGCGUUACGGAUUCAGUUGCCAAUGAACAAUUAAUUUGUUUCCCACUUAAUGAGAUCAAAAACUUGUCAAAGGGAUCCGACACCGCAACAGCAAAUUAUGUUUUACUAACUCACGGUACUUCAUCAUCAAAUAACGAAGCGAUAGACCCGUCUUCAGAAGAGCCAUUAAACAUGUACCUAACACAUAUAUUACGUUGUCCAACAUAUCAUGGGACGUUGAGGAUAAUCGAUGUCAUCCGUCGAAUCAUUACUGAAGAAACUGGAUCCACUGCUACUAUUUCAGGUGUGUGGGAGCCUCAAAGUGUUACUUUACGUUUACAUUUGGAUAUAAGAGAAGAUGAUGGAUCGAGUGUUAACUUUACUCCUGUACCAAAAGAAAAGUCGGAAUUAUUUAAAAUGAGAAAGAGCACAGCUAAACGACUAUUUGUUGGUGUCAGUCAAUUAGACGGUCAUGUUUAUCUACCGAUAAAUGGAAUUUUAGACGUAUGUUUGGGUUUUGGUCGUUAUUUAUCGGAUAGUGAACUAACCUAUUUGGGAGGCGAAGAAAAUGUCACACGAGGAGAAGCAUCAUCUAAUUCUUUAAGCGGAACUUCAUUUUCUACUUGGGUUACUUGGCCAUCAAAUCAUAAUCAAUUCUCUAUGUUUGAUGUCGUUGGAAGUCGUGAUGAAUGUAUAUUCUUCACGGUUGUUGUACGCCUACUUAUCCAUAGACUUGAAGAACCAUUAGCUCUGCGACGAAUCUGCCGAGCGCGUGUUUAUAAAACAGAUGAAAUAUUUUGGCUCUCUUUAGAUAGAAAACCUGUUAUAGAAGAUUAUACUAUUAAAUUAACUGAGAGUAUAGAUGAAAACGGAAAUUUACACGCUGGUAAAAUACAGAAAAUUUUCAAUGUUACUGCAUUUCAUCCAGAACAUAAUCAAUCAAUUGUUCCAUCAGUUGUUAAUCAAGCUGAAGAUAGUGACAAUGAACCACUGAUGAGCGGUAAUGGAAUUGUAUCGAGAGAAGUUACAGAUGAUCAGCUACUUCUUGAAUGGGGACAUUUAGUUACUGAAUGGCAUAACAAAGUCAGACAAGAUCAAGCUAAUGGUCUCGGCUUAUCUACAUAUUGUUUGAGAAUUGAAUUAUUGUAUAGUGGUUGUUCUGGUCCUCAUAUUUCUCAUUUAGGUUCUGCAUUUUGUCAACGAAUUAGGAAACUAGUUAGCCGUGGUAUUCCAGAUGCCUUACGAGCUGAAGUUUGGCAGUUAUUAUCUGGUUGUCCUGUUGAUGAAAGUGGAUUGAUGGAUGCUUAUCGAAUUCUCAUUACUAAACCAUGUAAACAUGAUGAAGUUAUACGUCGUGAUUUAGCACGCACAUUUCCAGCUCAUAGUUUCUUCCGUGAUAAAAUUGGACAGGAAAGUCUCUUUCUUGUUAGUCGUGCUUAUGCUUUGUACGAUGAAGAAGUUGGUUAUUGUCAAGGUUUAACAUUUUUUGCCGCUGUAUUAUUACUUCAUAUGCCAGUAGAACAAGCAUUCACAUUAUUAGUACAAGUGAAUAACAAUUAUGGAGUUAGAGAAUUUUUCUUGAAUGAUUUCGAUGGAUUACAUAUGCGAUUAUAUCAAUUGGAUCGUAUUAUUCAGGAUCAAUUGCCAGAUGUAGCAAAACAUUUUAGUGAUCUUGGCUUAGAAACUCACAUGUUCGCUAGUCAAUGGUUUUUAACAUUGUUCACUGCUAAAUUUCCAUUAAAUGUUGUCUUUCAUAUUGUUGAUCUGUUUCUAACUGAGGGUUUGAUAUUCAUAUUCAAAGUGUCUUUAGCACUAUUGCAAUUGGCUAGACGUGACUUACUCGGUUUGGACUUUGAAGGUGUUCUCAAGCAUUUGCGUGUUACGAUGCCAAAAAAAUAUUUAGCCCAUGAUGCUAAUCAAGAAUUACUUAGUAUUGCAUUAUCGGCUAAAGUUACUUCCUCCAAAUUACAAAAAUAUGCUAAAGAAUGGAUAACAAAGAGAGCUCAAGAAAAAUUGACCGAAUCUCCUCUACAUGUCAUGGAGUGUCAGUUGGCAUCAUUACGUCGAGAAGUUUCUCGAUUAGAACACGAGAAUGAAUCACUGGCUACCGGUCUUUUAUCGAGUAAAACAUUAAUGCACAAACAAGUUGACCGGUUAGAAGAUAAAGCUGAAAUAUUAACUCGAGAAUUAUUCGCUUCCAGGCAGGAUUUUCAAGAUGCUUUAGAAGAAAAAGCUCACUUAGAAAAUGAAGUACUACAGGUGAAAAAAAUGUUUCGUAGUGCACUUGAAGAGAAUUCCAUUGAAUUAGAAAGAAAUCAACAUAUGUUUACUAGCUAUAAAGCAAUUAUAAAAGAAUUAAAUGAUUAUUUAAUAAAAAUUAAUGAAAAUUAUCCUAUCAAUUCAUUAACUAUUAAUCAAUUAUAUAAACAUGAUCCAUUAUUUUUGGAUUUAACUUUUGAUUUAAUAAAACAAGUAUUACAUUGUAAAGAAUGCUCAUCUAUUGUCAAUACUUAUAUUGAAAAAUCAAAUAGUGUAAAUUUAACAGAUCAUGUAAAUACUCCUUUAUCUAUUAAAGAGGAAGAGAUUGUUAAUAUGAACAGUAAUAAUGAUAAUACAGACAAACAAAAUCAAGAUCAUUUGAACAAUCAAUCUGAAGAAAAAAUCAUUAAUGGUAAAUGUACAAGAAGACAAUCAAUUAUACAUAUUCUUGAUAAAUUCAAAUUAUUGAAUACACCUAACAGUUGUUCUUCUCCAUCAUUGAAAUUACAUGAACUAAAUGGUGAUAAAUCAAUGGAAGAAUCCAUCACAUUAAAUAAUAUUACAUCUAAUGUAAUUAAUGAAAAUAAUUGUGAAACUUCAUCACACUAAUUAACAAUUAUCUAUUGAGAUUAUGUAAAUAUUAUUUAUCAUUAAUUAUGUAUUUAUCCUAUGAUUUUCAAUGUUAACAAAUUAUAACCAAUUUUAAGUUGUAUUUAUGAUCAUAUUCUCUUAAUUCACUACAAUCUCCGUAGUAACUAUUAUUAUUAUUAUUAUUACUUUCUGAGUUAUUAUUUAUCAUUAUUUUCAUUUUCGUUUUAAUUACUUAAAUUUUUUUCUUUUAUUUAUCUUUUUAUAUUUUGGUAAAAGAUCUUACCAUUUAUUUACUUCUUUUUGUCUUAUUUAAUGUAUUACGAAAUGAAAAAUAUUACAUAAUAUGAUCAUGAUAAUUAUUUCUUUAAUUUCAAUUUUAUUUUAUGUUAGAAUAACUGUAAACUUGAUCAUUCAAACAAUCAUAGCAUAUUUGUAAUUGAAUUGAAUUUGAUCGUUCAAUAUGUUAUAAAUUAUUUUGUAGCGUUCAAGAUUUUGUUGUUUAAAAAUAUAUUUCAUUUCUGUAAUAAACCACUUCCUAUGACUCUUUUUUCUCAAAAUUUGCUUUAUAAAUGUUGAAUUAUAUAAUAUCAGCCUGAAGAAAAAUAUUCACAAAUUGUAAUUUCAAUUAGAUAUCUCUUUUAAUUAGGUAAAUUAUAUUGGAGGAAAGUACUCUUCUAUUAUCAAUUUAACAUGGAUUUCUUUACUUCUAUAAAAAACGUAAAGAUAUAUCUAUAUACAAUGAAUAAAAGUUUCUCACAAAGAAACAGGCUUCCUUAAUAUGAAAAUCGAGUACUUACUUCAGUAUACAACUAAUAUUUGUUAGAGGCUUUAUCUAAAUAUUAAUCUCUUGAAAAGUAAAGAAUUAUGUGUUAUCUUCGUUAAAUUUAAAACAAUAACAUGCUUGAAGAAAUAUUAACAAUUUGUAAAUUUUAUUCAGCUAUUUAUAUAUAUUGACUUAAUUAUUUUCAUAUCUUCAAAAUCUAUCGAAGUAUCUUCCAAAUCAUUUAUUUAUUUCUUAUAAUAAAUCAAAUUGCUUUUCAUAGUUAUAACACUAAAUUCCACUAUGUGUUCUACUUGUAUUUCAUUUUAAUUUGAACGAAUAAAUCAUAUUUAACAUUCAAUAGUUCAUAUGAAGCUGAUCUAGUGAAUAAUGCUUGAGAUUUAAUAGUCAGUUCAUAACUUCAUUCAUUGAGAAGUGAAAUACAAUUACCCUUGUAUUCCAACUGCAUAAUUAUUUUAAAUGGCUUUAGUUGUGUUAAUUAAUCUUAAGUAUUUUGUGUAUCAGUUUAUCAAUUUACUAAAAAGGAAUAAUUUUUAUUGGCGAGUUAUUUUUUUUUCCACUAUUCAUUCAUUUGUGGGGAAGGAUGUCAGUUACUCGCUGCAACCGGAUUGUAUUGCUUAAUCAGACUUCAAAUCAACUGAGUCAAUUAACCACAGGUAGCCAGAAACAGAUUAUAUUCUGCCACUUGGAAAAGUCUAGAGUGUUAGUGUCCCCAAAUGCUGGUAAAACGGAGAAUGGAAAGGGUCGUGUUCUCCCGUCACGUAAAGUGGGCUUUUACGAAAAUGGUAGAACGAAAAGUGAACUUCCGGUCAUUAAACUAGGCUGGUGGACCCAUAGGACCCACCUACGGAAGUUGGAAAACUGUGAUUCCAAACCUAUGAUGUAAACGGACUUCAGGAUCCUAUUGAGAUGUCAGGGUAGUAUUCUAACACACUCAGAAAUAUGAUAAAUAAUAAUAAUGAAGAAAACAACCGGUUCGCGUACAUGUGAUUUGCAGUGCAUUUAAUUCAAAGGUAUCUACUUUGCACUGUCUCACCUUUGUUUUCCUUUUUUCAUCCUGUUUACUUAUAUUAUUUAACCUAACCAGUAGUUUACCUCUGCCGAAAACUCUGUCCCAUCUAGACGGUCCCAAGUCUUUCAGUAGUCGCAUUGAUUAGUACUGUCAUGGAAUACAAAAUAUAGGGCUAUCUUAUUUAAACUUGCCUACUUCGUUUACGCACUGAUACAGAGCAGAUAACAUGUAGGUUUGGCCAAUUCUUGGGGAAGUUUUUAUGGUUACGAAUGCUGCGUAUUUGGAAUUGAUCGUGUCCUGGUUUAAAACAAGCUUUUCUUGCCUUUCGCUGACCCAAAAACGUAUCGUCCUGAAUGGAUUGUUGUACGCAGACUAUGUUUAAGGCUAGCCAUCAGCCUCCCGAAGAAUACUGACGAACGUUGGUUAUGUCUUCAUGAAUCUAAGAAAGUAGCAAGUAAAGUUGCUUUUCAGUUCGUGUAACGUCCAUUUCACAAGUGUUGGGUUGUACUAGAAUAUUUUAGAAAUAAUUCCAAAGGCUUCGUAUAUCACUUUUCCUGAUAACCGUUAUUAGAUAAAACUCAACGGUGUAUAUAUUUCCCUAACGGUUCUUUCGUCGUGUCAGAUACUUGUUCUAUAUUUCCUUCUCUUGCAGCUUUCUCCACUCUCAUUUCUAGAUCUUCCACGUAUUUAUGCUUGUCAGUUCUCCACUUCAUUGUAUGCAUCAGUGUAUUCAGCUUGUGCCUUAACUUGCUGUGUUCUCAUUCGGCUGUUGUUAAUUGCUGUCUUCUUGUUCUUCUUUUCUUGAAUCAAAUACAGGGUUUCCAUAGAGACCUAUUCCUUAUAAAAGUGCUUCUUCAGGCUUAGAACCUGCUGACACAUUGAAGUUAAUG